UUAUACGACCCGUUUCAUACUUUCUACUAAUUUAAAUAAUACUGUUUUCGCCUAUAUUACUGUUAAAUAAUUACGGUCAGUGAAAUGAGUUGAAAAUUGUAUUACUGUUGGUUGUCAAGUGUGUUAAUACUGUUUUCACCUAUAUUGUUUUAUGUUUUUUAGCUGAAUUACGUUCAAUGAAAUGAGAAUUGAAAAGAGGAUAUUGAAAAUUGUAUUACUGUUGGUUCUUUACUGUCAAGUGUGUUAAUGUGGAAAGAUACAUGCAUGAUUAUAAUGUUUAAAACAACAAGUAUUAUGUGGGGAAUGUAUGAUGAAAAUAAAAAUCUCAGGAAAAAAAGAAUGAGGAAAUAGACGCAUGGGAGUUUGUGUUAGCCAGCUACCACGGCCCGUACCUCAUGUUCCGGGCCCUUAAUUUUAUUUGCAUCUAAAAUUCACCCAUCACAUUUAUAGAGUGAGGUGACAUUAUAACUCUCCAACAUAUUUAACAUUACAUGUGAUUCUGAACACUGCAAUUUGUAAAAAGAGUAACAAAUAUAGGAUAAUUCGGUGGUAUAUUGUAUUUCAAAAAAAAAAAUCGGUGGUAUACAUAUUCUCUUCCCACAUCACAGUUUAUUUUCUGAUUACUUCCCUGCAUUUCAUAUAUAUUUUAGAAAAUAAAUAAAUAUAUACAGACUAGUGUAUUCAAACUAUACUGUUAACAGAAAAUAUUAAGUGGUUCUUAAAAAUAUGUGUGAAAAACAAUUCCAAAAGGUGCAUUUUCUAUUUAAUUCUGCUAAAAAUAUGCUUUAACAAGUGAAAAAUCAUAUUGAGAAAGAAAAAAACAUGAAGACUAAUCAAAAACUAACUAGAAGUGUUCCCAAAAUAACGCACAUCCACAUCUGUUUAAAAAAAAAGAACACCAGUUUUGGAUCUAUAGUAUUCUUUCUCUCCACUGAUGAUCAGUAUCAUUACGCUUUGGGUGAAACCAAACGUGGUCUGAAAGAAUAGUUUGCAUGGUUAGGCAUUCUCCCAUCGUGAAACAAACCGUGGUCUGAAAAAUAGUUUGCAUGGUUAGGUAUUUUCCCAGCAAUGGCCAGACCGUCCUGCCAAUCCAUCUUGGGUUCUGGCCGGACAACCCGUCCUCCCCCGGUGAUCUUAUUAUUACUAAAGCUUUCUCCGCCAAGCUUCCGGUGGUUUGCCGACAUGUUCACAGUAAACAACCAUUUGGAUUGUUCAGAGGCGAAAAUGCGAUGAACUAUGCAUUUUCAACAUUCUUGCUCGAGGCAGUUAUUGUUAUUUUCUUCAUCAAAGCCACUUGCUUCAUCCUCCGACCUUUACGUCAACCUCGUAUCGUCUGUGAAAUCAUUGGUGGUAUGAUGAUAGGACCGUCCAUGCUUGGAGGAAGCCGUAAUUUUAGUUACUACGUGUUCCCACCUAUUUCAAACUACAUAUUCACAAACUUGGGACUAAUGGGAUUCUUCUACUUCUUCUUUCUCACUGCGGCCAAAACCGACGUUGCAGCCAUUGCAAAGUCUCCAAAAAAGCACAAGUACAUUGCUGCCAUCAGCGUUCUCGUCCCAAUGGUCUGCGUUGGGGCCACGGGGAUGGCCAUGCGUCACCAAAUGGAUAAAACCAUGGGGAAGCCUUCUUCCGUUGGAGGAAUUGCGUUUGCCUUGGCUUUUAGUUCUUUCCCUGUCAUCUACACCAUCUUAAGAGACAUGAACCUUCUCAACUCUGAGGUGGGGAAGUUCGCCAUGUCGGUGGCUCUCCUUGGGGAUAUGGGAGCGAUCCUCGUGCUUGUCUUUUUCGAGGCUGUCGUUCAAGCAAACGUAGCAGGAGCCAAAGCAGCAGUCUUCUACAUUGUAUCAGUUGUUAUAUUCAGCGCUUUUAUGAUUUUGGUCGUGAAACGAGCAUUUGAGUGGGUGGUCGACCAAACACCUCAGGGAAAACUCGUGGACCAAAACUACAUUGUCAUGAUUCUCAUGGGUGUUCUUGUUGCUUGUUUCUUAACGGACAUGCUUGGUUUAUUGAUAGGCACCGGACCUAUUUGGUUAGGGUUAAUAAUCCCUCACGGUCCACCGUUGGGUUCCACGUUGGCUAUUCGGAGCGAGACUUUUAUACAUGAAUUUUUAAUGCCUUUCUCGUUUGGUUUGGUGGGACUCUACACAGAUGUUCACUUCCUUAGCGCUGACGCUUGGGACAACCAGCUAGCUCCUCUUGUAUACAUGACCACCGUUAGCUUCAUCACCAAGUUUAUCUCUGUGGCUGCGGCUGCUGCUUUCUUUAAAGUCCCUACUAGAGACAGUCUCACUCUUGGCCUCAUAAUGAACUUGAGAGGCCAACUCGAUAUCAUGCUCUACUUGCUUUGCUUCAGGAAACAUGUUGUCAGUCUACCCGGUUUUACUCUCUUGGUUUUGCAUACGGUUGUCAUAACAGGAGUAUCAACACCGAUCAUCAGCUUCCUCUAUGAUCCAAAUCGUCCUUACAGGAUCAGCAAGCACCGGACCAUCCAGCACACUCCACCAUCCACCGAGAUGGGUCUUGUUCUUGCCGUCUCCAACCAAGAAGCCUUGUCUGGCUUGAUCACGUUCCUUGACUUUGCCUAUCCCACUACAAGUAGUCCAUUUGCUAUAUACGCAAUCCAGCUAAUGGAGUUGAUGGGGCGAGCUUCACCAGUUUUUGUAGACCACAAGCUACAAAAAGAGGAGGAAGGAAAAGAGGGGGAGGAAGAAAAAGGGCGAGUAGACCAAAUGCAAAGCGCCUUUAAGCUGUACCAAAAGAAGAGAGAGGAGUGUGUGACGCUGCGUGCCUACACUGCUCAUGCUCCAAAGCGUCUAAUGUACCAAGAUAUUUGCGAGCUGGCCUUGGCCAAGAAAACCGCUUUCAUUCUCUUACCUUAUCAACGAGAGCGUCUUGAGGACAAUGCACCUACCGAGCUACUUGACCCCGGCAUGCUGUCCGUGAACGCUGAUGUCUUGGCGUACACACCUUGCUCUGUAUGUAUCUAUUAUGGUAAAGGGCGGCUUAGAAAGGCCAAGGUUCGGUCCUCGGUUGACCAGCAGCAUUCAAUUCAACCGAGCCGUGUGAGGCAAGAAACAUACCGUUUCGUGGUUUUGUUCUUAGGAGGAGCUGAUAACAGAGAAGCUUUGCAUCUGGCAGACAGGAUGACAGCAAAUCCGGACAUAACGUUGACAAUAGUUAGGUUCUUGUCGUUCAACCACGAAGGAGAAGACGCGAGGGAGAAGAAGCUAGACGAUGGAGUGGUUACAUGGUUUUGGGUUAAAAACGAAAGCAAUGAUAGGGUUAGUUAUAAGGAGGUUGUGGUCAAGAAUGGUGCGGAGACGCUAGCUGCGAUCCAAGCGAUGAAUGUCAAUGACUAUGAUCUAUGGAUAACAGGGAGGGGAGAAGGGAUCAACACAAAGAUUCUAGAAGGGCUUGAUGCGUGGAGCGAGGACCACCAGCUUGGAGUCAUUGGAGAAACUGUGGCUGGGAGUAUAUUUGCAUCAGAAGGUUCGGUGUUGGUGGUGCAGCAACAAGUGCGGAAUCAAAAGGGUGGUGAUUUUUUCUUGAACGGCAAGUUUGAUUAUAAAAAAUUAGUGUCUCCUUGGUCAUGUCAUAAUUGA